AUGAAGUUGAUUACUUUUGCUAGUCUUGCCUUCGCAGCUGUAGCCCUUGGCACCACUGUAACAGAUACAUCUUCAGGCACCUGCAAUGCUUUGAAGAACACAUGCAUCAUUAAUAAAGACGUUACUGCGGCAUGCACCUCUGGCAAGUGCACAAAUACUGGAAAUGGUUGUUCAAUCAUUACUGUGUCGGAACCCGUGUCUCCGGAGGAAGAGAAGGUGCUCAGUGUCACUGUUUCGUGCAGUUAA